AAAGGCUUUAAACUAUUAAAACUCCGCAAACUCCUUCAUCCUGUUGCCUGACACUUGUUGCGCUGCCGCCGCUGCUGCUGCCGCCGCUGUUGCUCCACCUGUAUGCGCACCGCCACCUGAACCGCUUCAGCGUUUCCUUCAGGGAUUUCCCGCGUGGAGUGAUGAACUCCAUCGACCCUCAGUCCCAUCACCAGCACCCGCACCCGCACCACACCUCCCCGACGGUCGGCUCUCUCCCACCUAAAGGCGCACAGGACGCCCCGGACAUGGCCGCAGUUUACUGCGACAACUUCAGCAGCAUGUACCACCAGCAGAGCCUCCAGGGCGCACAGAGACCCGCGGGCUACGGCCUCGGCGAGUACGCGUCCUCUCCGAACCCGUACCUGCAGUGGCUCAACGGGCCAACGGGCGUCAACUCCUCCGCGUCUUACCUGCACGGAAACAACCCGGCGUCCUUCAUCCCGCCCUCCUACGGCUCCCAGCGGCAGUUCAUCACCAACUCCCCCGGGUUCGGUGGCCCGGACCUGGGCUGGCUGUCCAUCGCGAGUCAGGAGGAGCUGCUGAAGCUGGUGCGCCCUCCGUACUCGUACUCGGCGCUCAUCGCCAUGGCCAUCCAGAACGCGCACGACAAGAAGCUGACGCUGAGUCAGAUUUACCAGUACGUGGCUGAUAACUUCCCCUUUUAUAAGAAGAGCAAAGCCGGCUGGCAGAACUCCAUCCGCCACAAUCUGUCCCUGAACGACUGCUUCAAGAAAGUCCCCCGGGACGAGGACGAUCCAGGAAAAGGAAACUACUGGACGUUGGACCCAAACUGCGAGAAGAUGUUCGACAACGGGAAUUUCCGCAGGAAAAGGAAAAGACGUUCAGAUCAGAGCAGCGUCGCAGGAGGAGGAGGGGCCGUGGCGUCAUCGUCAGGCCCCGCCAAAGUUGACCUGAAGUCCUCGGAGAGUCCUCAGCUCCUCGGGCCGUCCUCGCCGGACAUGGAGACGGCAAUGAACGAGAACCACAAGGGCUCCCCGCCGCUGUCGUCGUCGCCGCCGGCACUGGCGUCCUCGACGCCUUGCUUCAACAACUUUUACAGCAGCAUGUCGUCGCUGAGCUCGGGGGGCCCCAGCCGGCAGGGGGGCCCCCUGGGGCUGGUGAACGAGCUGUCGAACAGGAACAUUACGGCCCUGAGCUCGUACCACCCCAACCACGGAGGCCAGGACGUGGCGGCGGCGUCCGAGCACAACGAGGGCUUGCAUUUCAACCGCGGAGUUUACUACAACACGUUCGGCGGCGGGCAGAGUGGACAGUUCAACGGCCACUUCUACAACAGCUUCAGUGUCAACAGCCUGAUUUAUCCCAGGGAAGGCACUGAACUAUAGGAGCCACUUUAUCGCCACGGCAACCGGUUUCCUCCUGUACCCUGUGAACCUUCCCGAACCUCAGCACUGUACCUGCAUUUCAGCAGAGAGGUCGAGGCGAGCGAGGUAGUGGCUCCACUGAUGCUUUCACAGGGGAAAAAAAGUAUUUUUUAAUCGCUUGUUUUAAAGCUGCAGUGCGUAACUUUUUGUUGUUGUUUGGUAUCGAGCCAAUACUUAGCGUCAGUAAUGGCCGAUCAUUACUGACGCUAAAAAAUCUGGUCAAAAAUCCUUGGGUCUGAUUUCACUUAAAUGAAAUGUGUUUUGUUAUAGGAGCAGAAUAUUUGAAGCGUUCUGGUUUUGAAAUGCCAGAUUACUGUCGUUGUCCUUCUUCUUCGUCUAAAAAUUCCCAGCAGCCUCUACAACACUUUAUAUUCUUACGUUUACAUUUGAUAAGUUGCAUAAAGAGAUGCUAAAACUGCCGACGUGGCAACACGAUGAUCCUUCUCUGUAUCGGAAAUUCGAUUUUAAGGAAAAACAACUGAAAAUAAAGCACAUUUAACAGAUUAGGUCAUUUAAUAGAUUCAAAACUAUAUCGGUAGACACUCAAAAGUUGCGAUAUCAGCAUCUGUAUUGGCAAGAAAAAGUGGUAUUGACUAGCCUUGACUAGUCUUAUUUGUUUGCUAACUAAGGGAGCGGGUGGACGGGGACAAGAAGCGAUGAUCCCGACCCAAAUAAAUGUUGAGCAGUAGAAUUCACUGUGGACGUUUCUUUGUGUUGUGACAUAAAAACUGCAGUGUCACCGGGCGACAUGAGAUCUAAAUACGAGGGGGUUGCAAGAAAAUAGCAAUACAGCAAAAUAUUGCGAUAUUUUAAUAGCGUAAUUGUGCACUGACGCUUGAAAGUGAUGUGUCGAUACAUUGGACAAUAGUUUUGUGUUGUAGCUAAACUUCCGACCACUAGUUGGCAGCAGACGUUCACUCCCUCGGUCACAAUUGGUUUUCUGCACAAUUUUAUCUAGCGUUAUAAGUUUUUUCUUAAAAACAUUUUUUAGGGGGCUGAACAUUUUUUUUUUAUAUUCCAAUACAUCGCAAUUUAUCGCACCAUUACCAAUUUCUCGCUAAAUAUGCUAAAAAUCACAACGCUAAAAGGCUUCAUCUGACAAUGGUUUAAAUGUGACAUUUGUUUACGUGUUAAAGUUACGCACUACAGCUUUAACUUUGCCGAGCACUGAAACUGUGGAAACAGCAGCCAAAAUGUCAAAAAAAUGAAUAAGCACUUAUCUUUUUUUCAGUUUCCUGUAUCUAUUCUUAUGUAAAAGCUCACCUUUUUUCCCUUUUUAUACUUAAAAGAAAUAUUUCUCUUCUAUUUAACGUGUUGUUGUUGUUGUUUUUUAGUCGUAUCAACAGAGAGCCUUAUUUUUCAUAACCACUCUGUCACGUUUGAGAUGUAAAUGUACAGUUUAUAUAUAUAUAUAUAUUUUUUUUUUUUACCACUGAUGCCAAAUCAUGCCUUCAUGUCUGGCCUUAGACCUUUUUUUUUUUAAACUCACAAGAAUCAACGCAGAUCUGCCAAAGUUGCCUUUUGUCAGCGACCACCAUUACCUCAAUCACACGAGACGAACAUGAAAUAGACAAUAAAUAUAAUAAUAAAUAAUGUAAAGGGCUCACCUGUUUUUUUUUUGUUUGUUUGUUUGUUUCCAAAUAUCAGCAAUAAGUGAGUUAACGUCCCAAAAAAAACCCAGUCCAGGUCUUAUUUUUAUAUCGUUGACUGAAACCACAGCACUAAGGCUCGUGUAAAUACUUUUACAAAUGUGUAUUUUCUUUGUAAAUAUAAAAGAUUAGUUUUUUGAUUAUUUAUGCUAUUUAUGCUAAUAGGCCUGUUUUCUACUGUCGUGUCUCAUUAAAGCAGAAAAAAAAUGUGCCGAAAACAGUAUCGCUGAAGCCCAGCUGUCAUAAAUACAGUACAGUGUGUAUAUAUAUAUAUAUACAUGUGUGUAUAUAUGUAUAUGUAUAUAUAUAUAUAUGUAUAUGUAUGAACAAAACGAUUUUGCUGUGUCAUGGUUUCUCUCAGGAUUCAAUGUGACAAUCAUUGAAUGGCUUUUUGUAUCCUUUUUGUUUUUUUUUUGUUUGUUUUUUUAAUCUUCAUAAAGUACAAUACAGCUUCCAGGCAGUUUCAACUGUGAUUUUUAAAUAAAUAUCAUGUGACUCACUCGUAUUGUCAUGCAUCAAAUUGA